UAAUCUGAUUGAUUAAUUAAUUAAUUGGUUUCUCUUUAUGCUUUUCUUUUAACAUGUUUUUCUUUAUCCUUUUACUUUAUUUUAUUUUUGUUGUCCUGUAAAACACUUUUCCAUGAUUAUGAAUGAGCAAAAACUGCUUUAUGUUUCAUAUUAAAAGCUAAGCACACGAGAGGAAUAUUUUAUAUGUUGGGCUUUAUUUUUAGCAUAAACAAUCUGCAAACGAAAUAAACAUUUGAAUCAGUUCCACCAACAUGUUUUCUCUAAAAUUGUGAUUUAAACUCUCUAAGUCACAUUUAAAAACCAUUUACAAAAUGAUAAUCAAGAUAUUUUGGUAGAUUUCUCCUUUUUUUUGGGUUUUGAAGUGUCUUGGUGACAGUGGGACUGGUGAAGGCCAGAGACUGAAAUGCGUUGUUCUGCUAUUAAAGUUGUUUUCCUGAAUUUCAAGAGUUGCUGGAGUCUUGACAGGGAAUUUCUUCCUUGUUCCUCGUAUGAAUCAUUCCAGUUACUCAGUGGUUUUCUCCUGUUUCUGCUAACUUAUUUGCAAAGACUGCAGCUUUGUUCCUGCAUACAGUUACACCUGAUAGCUACAGACACGGUAAUCUUUCAAACAAAAGACGUUAUUAUGCACUGAGAUGCUUAAUUCUUUAUUGUCUGAGCAGAAGAGACAAAGUGGUUGAUGUUAAGUGAAGGUAAUGAGAUGUGAAGAUGUGUAAUUAUGACUGGUGGAGACACACAACCACAGGAAAUACUGGUGACUAUAAAUCUUUGUCACACACUGACAACGUCUACAAGAAAGUUAAGCCACAACCGGGCAUUGAUAAAGAAGAUGGCUGCUCACAGAUAUACAUAUAUUCAUAAAUAAUACUUGAUGCACAUCCUUGUUUUCACUUCACUCACUUUAUCUCUGAUCAUCAUCUUUCGGUCAAAUAAAUGUUCCUCAUGCCAGGUUUCUGUGUAAAGCCACAGACAAACAUUUUCAUUUCCGGGACAGUAAACAGUGAGAGGGCGCGGAUCACAUGCUGCCAAACCAUCAAUCCUCCUGGUUUCUAACAAACUCAGACUUUGUGUGGAGACACUUUCACAGUCAUCAUGUUCCUCUCUGUGGUUCUGCUGCUGCUGCUGGUCAGCCAUUCAUACGCUGCACAUUUCUAUGGCGUCAUGAUGACCUACGACCCAAAGGAGGCUUACCUAAACGGAUCUACUUCUGUUGAGCUUCACUACAAAGUGAGCUAUGACCAAUGCAUAUACACUGACACUUGGUCUUGCACUGGAAACUGUGGGACUGAGACCCAGAUCCUUGGUUUAACCAAAGUUGAUGAAAUCAUUGGUGAAUGGUGCCAGAGAGAAGCAGUGACGUCUCGACAGCUGACAAGCAACUCUCCACUUACACUUCAAUUUGCAAGUGGAAACUGGCUAAGUAACAUACAGAAUAUCAUAAACUGGAAAGCUGUGACUAAUGUUGAACUAAGGAUCCGAUCUGACAUCAGCAAAGCCAACACAUCACCGCAGACAACCAUCCUCCCAGCUCUGAGAGUUCCUAUAAACUGUCAGAGAAACAUAAGCAUGUUGUCCUUUGACCCCGAUGGAGACGAUGUUAGAUGCAGAUUUGCCUCCCUUGCCUUGUCGGAGUGUGUCACCUGCACGACUCCAUCUGACCUCAGCAUCUCACCUUCCUCCUGUACUUUAUCGUUCAGCUCAUCUGCAAGCAGCAGCCAAGGUUCAUAUGUGGUCCAGAUGGUGAUGGAGGACUUUCCCCUGCAGAACAUCACUCUGACCCAAACCAGUGGUUCUCAGGUGCAGAGAACAAACAGUGAUGCCAUCAGCACAAUACCCAUCCAGUUCGUUUUAAAAGUGGAUGCUGCAGCACCGUCCUGCACAGAAGGUCAAUAUCUGCCCAGAUUCCUGAGUCCAACUCCAAACAACAGAGCUCAGCUCUACACACCAGUCAGUCAGAUACUGGUGAUCACCAUCAGCUCACAGGCAACUCAAGCCACAUCAACUGAGCUCCUGUACAGCGGGCCGCACAACGUAACUAAGAGUUCAUUGGGAUCAGGAAGCUUCACUCUGACGUGGAAACCAUCUGUGGCCGAAGAUGGAGAAAGUCACCCCAUCUGUUUUAUUAUCCAGGCAACUGUCUCCAGUUCUCGGUAUCAGUCUGAGCUUCGCUGUGUCAUUGUAACAGUUGGAAACAGUACAUCAGCAACUGUAGCUAUACCUAUAGCAACUACAACUACCCAAUCCCCAACUACAACUACCCAAUCCCCAACUACUACAACCCAAUCCCCAACUACAACAACCGAAUCCCCAACUACUACAACCCAAUCCCCAACUACUACAACCCAAUCCCCAACUACAACAACCGAAUCCCCAACUACUACAACCCAAUCACCAACUACAACUACCCAAUCCCCAACUACUACAACCGAAUCCCCAACUACAACAACCGAAUCCCCAACUACUACAACCCAAUCCCCAACUACUACAACCCAAUCCCCAACUACAACAACACAAUCCCCAACUACAACAACCGAAUCCCCAACUACUACAACCCAAUCCCCAACUACAACAACCGAAUCCCCAACUACUACAACCCAAUCCCCAACUACAACAACCGAAUCCCCAACUACAACAACCCAAUAUCCAACUACAACUACCCCUAUACCUACAACAACAAAAUCCCCAACUACUACAACUGAAACUGCAACUACAACAACCGAAUCUCAAACUACAACUACCGUUAUGCCUACUACAACUACCCAAUCCCCAACUAUUACAACCCAACUCCCAACUACUACAACCCAACUCCCAACUACAACUACCCCAACACCUACUACAACAACCCAGGAUCCAACUACAACAACAAAACCCCCAACUGCGAUUACAGCUAAAGCAACACCCCCACCUACAAAUUCAACACCUGCUUCAGGGCCGUAUUAUGUUGUGGCUCUGAAUGGCAAGAUCUCCACCAGUUUAUCACUGGAAAAUGAUCAUGAGACCAUUGUGAAACAGAUUAAAGAUGAACUGGUCAGACGAGGACUGCCACCAACAAUGAUUGUUCGUCUUCUCAGGGCCGUGGCAACAAGUCGCUAAGGCCAAUCAUAUAUUUAAUACCUGGAUAUAACGAUAUAACGUUCUCUGAAGUUUCAAGUCAUUUGUUCCUUUUCUGUUUUUGUAUUUCCACAUUUCUUUAGGAAUUUGUAUUUUUUGCAUAUAAAAUAAAUGGAUGUCAUUGCAUGUUAGAUUAGUUUAUGUAGAAAAUAUGUUUUAGAAAAGAAAAAUCUUGAUACAAAAAUCUCCAACAAAAAAAGUACAAACUGAGAUUAUAAAGUAGAAAUCUUUCUGUGAAGCAUCAGUGGUAACAGUUGCUCUGUUGCUCCACUAGAUGGCGAGCUGAAGCUGAAAAGGACAAAUGCAAUAAACUGUAAACCAAUUAGAAAUGCUUAGAGAUUUGUAAAUAAUCUACUCUGUGACAGUCACUAUGGUUUCAGGUCAAGCAGAUAAACAUCUCUGGCAUUAUUUAAUAGGAAUCUGAUAUAAUAGAUCAUUAUGAGUUGAAAAACAGGAAUGUUAUGUGUAGAAGCCUAAAUUCAGUUUUUGUUCAUUCACACUUUAGGAUAAGUUAUGUUCAUAUUUCUUAUUAUAGUUUGUUUAUUUGGAUAAAAAUGAUAACUAGUUGGAUCUAUUGCAUAGUAAUUUACUAUAUUUGGAUACACUAAAGUCUUGAAAAUUUGCAUAUCUAAUUGGAAUUAAGGAUUUUAGGGUGUGGCUAGCCAGAGUCAGUCGGGCAGUUGGAGUGGAGCCACACAGUUUUUUGACCUCACUCUCUUUCCUUUUAAAUUUUCUUGUUUCUCUUUAUUUUUCGUGGAAAGGUAACCUUUGUACCGUUUGUAUUAUUAUUUCUGAAGUAAACCAUUCAACUAUA